CAACAAAAGAAUCUGAUCUUUCUAUCCAAAUCAAUCAGUAAUGGCGCUCCACUGUACAUUUUCGCGCCCAAAAUCUUCAACAAUUCUCAUGCAAUCUCAACCAUUACCACCAAAAUCUCAUUGUUUCUCUAAACCGAAGCUUAUAGAGUUAUUGCCUGUUGGUAAAUCGGAAAUUCCUGAACAUAUCAGUGCAGUUAAUGAGUUUCUUGGAUCAGAAAAGGUGUGUGGGCUUGGGAUUUCACUUUCAGCUCACAAGGCUUCUAGCAGAAAUCAGCUACCAUUUCAGACAAGCAAGACGUUUUUUGCACCCCUCAAUGGCAAAAACUUGUUAGUUCAUCAGGGGCCAGAACAGUACAGAUUUCCAUUAGCAACAGUCGUUUUUGCAAACACUAUGAUGUUGGGUCUCCCUUUUCAAGCUUUGGCAGAAACAUGUGAGACUGAGAGGUCUAUGUUUGAGAUGCCGCUAUUGCUUACAGUAGCACUUGUAGGAGCCGCUGUUGGAGGUUUACUUGCUAGACAAAGGAAAGGAGAACUAAAAAAAUUGAAUGACCAGCUUCGCCAGAUUAAUGCAGCUCUAAGAAAGCAAGCAAAGAUUGAAUCUUAUGCUCCCACUUUAAGUUAUGCUCCAGUUGGUAGUAAAGGGAUCCUGGAGGAAGACGUGAUUGUAGAUUCAAGGAAACAUGACUUGAUUUCAUGUUUAAAAACUGGGAAGAACUUCUUAAGAACUCAAGAACCAGGAAAGGCGUACGAGUCAUUUAAAUCAGCACUUGAGAUUGCUCAGAGUCUAAAGGACCCUAUUGAGGAGAAGAAGGCUGCCCGAGGAUUAGGAGCAUCACUUCAAAGACUAGGGAAAUACAAGGACGCCAUAAAAUACCACUCGAUGGUAUUGGAAAUCUCUGAUCGAGAACGUGAAGAAUCCGGUAAUACUGAAGCAUAUGGUGCUAUUGCGGACUGUUAUACUGAACUUGGUGAACUUGAGCAAGCUGGAAAAUUCUAUGAUAAAUACAUUAUGAGGUUAGAGGAUUAAUGUUUCAGAUUUCAGUGUUUUGUUAAAUAAUAUGUAGAGUGAAAUCUUUCGGAAUUAUCAGAGGUUCUAAUUUUAUUAGGCAUUUUGUUUUUCUUUCGGCAACUUAAAUAGUCUACAAAUUUCAAACCUUAGGUUUCUACCAGGUUUUUAUGGACUAUCUAGUAUACGGUAUGAAUGAAUGCAAGUCAUUACUCCCCUUUGUUCUUACAC